GGUAUAAGCAAUACUGCCAUCCAGCAACGUGAGGUUGCAACUAAACUGACCAUAUGCAUACGCAUCUGUCACUAUUGUUUAACAUGACCGGUUUUCCAGGCAGUCGUGACAACAACCCAUAUCUGUCGCACGAUGACGAUGAGGUUGCUAGCAACACAUCAGAACACACUGAUCAGUCUUUUACAAGUGCGUAUGAGUAUGUUGACGUUACGAAAUAUGCUAGUGAUGAUCCAACAUGUGAUAUCACCCACACAAACACACACGACAUAAAAUGCACACAAUGCACAAAGCUUGACCAUAUACAGCGUAUGAGUUGUAAUAACAGUCUCCAUAGGGAUCAAGGCGGGUGUGUUAAGAAUAGAUGUGCACACGUAAGGAAUAAUACUAGCGAUACACACACCAGACAACGUACAACCCCUCACGCGAUUAAGGCCAUUACUAAAGGCACGCACACACGAGGCGCCCCGUCACAACUACACGGACCAUCUGCCAAAGCACAUGAUAGACGUACACAUCGCGUGCAAUGCAUGCGUACACAACCACAUCCACAUAAUCCACGAAGCCGGCACGACCAUAUGCAUGCUCACACAGCUGUGACUGGAUCACAAGAGGGUGAUAAUGUUAAUGAUGAUGCAGAUGCACACGAGAUGAGUAGGGGUCAUGACCAUGCACUUAACUGUGAACGACGAGAGAUUCGAGAUAUAAACGAAGCUACAUACGCACACACGGGUAACAUGACGCAGCCAAGAGCGAUGGAAGGGCUCAAGUUGUUCGCACACAACCACGUACACGGACCUACUUCUGAAGCACACAUACACAGACGCGCACAAAUACCUGGCGAUAGCGAUACAGCAGCUCAAACUAACACGCACACGCAUGCGCACACGCAUACUGCGAUGUAUGAGAAUGACACACGUGUAUCUAUUUAUGACAGCACAAGCACGUCUGUCUACGACGACACACAGCCGUCUGUGUAUAGCGGUACAGAGUCCAUACAUUGGACGCGGAGCAAUCCCCAAAUCUUAUUGGACGAUGUCAGGAAGCUGAUUCGGGUACAACGCUCCCUACAGCGUAGUCUGCUCAGCACACGUGGCGUGGUAUUCAGUAGCGAUAGUGCGAGCUUGUACAUGCUUGGUUACGAUGGCAACACGCGUGAGCACGGUGUGUAUAGUGUAGAUCUGUCCCAAAUACCACCCAACACCUCACGGGCGUUGAUACGCUCGCCCGUGUUCACCCAACGCUCACUGCUGGAGCAAACGACCGCACAGGAGCAGCCAAACUCGCACCCGAAUGCGAAGUUGAUGCAUACCAUGCUUAUGUCGGCGAGUGUGUUACUGGGUGAUAGGAAGGGUGGGAAAGCCUCUGUAUCGGGGCAGUCGCCACACGCCAAGUCCUUUGCCAUCAACCCCUUCCGCAACGAAGUACUGGUGGCGACCCGAAGUGAUGUCUACGCGACGGCACUACCGCAAAAGAGCAGUGGCGCUCAACAGACUACUCGGGCACACAAACACAAGCAGGUGCAGGCUUACACACACACACACACGCACACGCACACGAACACCCGGUCGCAAACAGAGGGGACUGCGAAAGCGUCUAAACACAAGUACACGCACAGCAACAUCCUGCCGCAAUCCGAGAGUGUGCGUGUGGAUGUGAAAGUGUGCCCCACUCAUAAGGAUCUGAUCAGUUUCGUGCGCUGCGGCGAUGUGUGGGUGGCCAACACCGCCACGAAAGAGGAGAUAUGCAUCUCCAGCGCGUAUACCAGCGGAAGGAAAGGAGUCUCAGCCGGGGUAGCGGAACACGUGAUGCAAGAAGAGUUCGAUCGUUUCACUAGCUACUGGUGGCAGCCUUGCAUCAGCACCACAGACUCUCAACCCAUUCACAGAAUACUGUUCACCGUUGUUGAUGAGUCUCAGGUUGCCGAAUACCCGAUAAUGAAGUCGGAUGGAUCGGAGCAGCGACAAAGAUACCCUUGCGCGGGCUCUACCAAUGCCUCAGUGCGGCUGUGUAUGGCAGAUAUAUGGGAGUGCACACGCACAGGCUCCGUGACGCUACAGACCGUGUCACGCACCCUGCACACACCCCUAUGCACCAUGUUUGCGUUUGCUGAGUAUAUAGUACGGUGUGGUUGGCAUGUGAGUGGUCGGUAUGUGUGGGCGCAGCUGCUCAGCCGGCAGCAGGAGAGGGUAUCGCUGCCACCACAACCACCGAUGGAGAGUGGCCACCAGUGUGUGCCUGCAGGUAGCAAUGGGAAGGCUACAGUACACGAGCGCACCGGCAUGUCGCAAUCAGCCAAGCAUAGCUCGCAGGGCAGUAAUACCCAAGCACAACUGUUCGCGAAUACACCGACGGGAAGCACACAUCCGCCAGUGCCCAUGGACACACAGCCAGCCCCUCAGGCCCAGAGUCAGGCAUCAAGCCAUUCUACGCCAGCACAACACGUUAUACCCACACACACACAUACACGCACACCCGCGGCAAAGUGCGCGCGAGCGCCGUUUAACGCAUCCCCACAUAAACCACCCGGGGCCAGACGCAGGCAGUCUGUGGGUAGCACACAGCGCCGACGAGAGUUCUGUUGCUGCGCCGGGCCUAACACUCAGAACAACCUGACCACGCGUACACACUGUGAAGUGUCACGAAGGGGUUCGUAUGCAACGCCAGAGGACAACCAUAGCCACCCACCGAGGGCCACGAGGGGGGGUACAGAAACGGGGACACAGCGCGGGUUUGUCGGUGGUACGGGAAGCAAACACGCAAGCGAAAGUGAGAGUGAGAGCGAGUGCAGAAGCGGGACCAAAAGCGGGACAGGCACGGGGUCACCGUCGCUAGGCAACGGGGCUUUGGACACGUGUGCGGCGACUUGUUGUCGCGUGCAGGACGGUAGGAUGUGUUCCACCGUAGCAGCCCGUGAAGACGAUGAAACGUAUGUGACAUCCCGUACGGCAGAUACCUCGAUCUAUGAGCUGCCAACAACUGCCGACACUCUGGACACCCCACACCCGCCACCCACAGACGCACAAGACCACGUCGCAGGUGUGCACGUGGUAGUGGAUACCACGUGCAUGCAGUACUACGACUAUGACACGCCCAGGCGUGUUGUGGGGGCCAUCGAGCAAGGGACAGGCCGCGUGUUCCACCGUCACCACAGGGCACAAGUGAGCGCGCACAACGGCUCGUCUCAGUCGUUCGCGCCAGUACAGACACGCGCAUACGCACAGGCUAAGCCAGCUACGCCGAUAGCAUCUGUGCGUGCAGGUGUAGGUGUGGGCGGGAGUGAGGAGGAUAUGGUGGUGGACAGUGACGGGGGCGAUGAGGUAGAGAGCGCAGCGGAGUGUGGUAUGGAGUGCGACAGCAGUAUGGUACACACACGCAACGGACCACCGGUGGGCGGUCAUCCGCGGGUUGAUCUCGAAUCUAAAAAUAGCCACCAAUCAGCUGCCGGGGAAAAGGUUGUGCCGGCCAAUGAAACAGCCGGAAAUCCGGACACCGGCGGAGCCUCGCCCUGUGACGGGCGCAGAAUUAAGAGUGCCGGUUGGAUUAAUAUCACCAACAUUCUGGAAUUCAUCGAGGCCGAUAACAGGGAAAGCAAAGUCAGUACACCCAUGAUACUGUGGGCCAGCGAGCACACAGGUCACCGACACCUGUAUCUGGUACCACACACCCUAUCCUCACCACCACACAUACAGGUGGACGAAUCUCACCGUCAGAGUCUAGAGAGUUCCGAUCAUUACGGAGCAGAGACCAUCGCUCCACCAAUCAAAAGAACCUAUUGGAUACCACUGACGCAAGGGUCAUGGGAUGUGGAGCCGUCGAAGUCUGGCGAGAGCCCCCCAAGGCAUCGGAUACGACCCGAAACCCAACAUCCUUGGGUGUGCAAGCCAUGCAGUACGAUAUACCGGUAUCUGAUGCGAAGUACAGGGAAACCCCUGAAACCACGUUGCUGGCGCAUAUUGUGGCGACGUUACCAAGACCUACAAUUUAUCCAGAACCACAGCUAUGGCAAUAUGUGA